UCGGGAGCGGUGGGUAGCACGUGCAACAUGUUGGACGGUGCGGGGAACGAGCUGUGCAAUGUCAGCGAGAGUCCUGUGCUGCGACCAGAGGCACGUGUAUCGGGCAAUGCAGAUUUACAGUUCCUGGGCUGGAACGUGCCGCCGGAUCAAAUACAAUACAUACCGGAGCACUGGCUAACCCAACUGGAGCCGCCAGCCUCAAUGCAUUAUAUGCUGGGAGUGUUCUAUAUCUUUCUAUUCUGCGCCUCGACGGCGGGCAAUGGCAUGGUCAUCUGGAUCUUUAGCACCUCGAAAUCGCUGCGCACACCUUCGAACAUGUUUGUGCUUAAUUUGGCCGUGUUCGAUUUCAUCAUGUGCUUGAAGGCGCCCAUCUUCAUCUACAACAGUUUUCAUCGCGGCUUCGCCUUGGGGAAUACGGGCUGUCAGCUCUUUGCAGCAAUUGGCUCGUACUCCGGCAUUGGCGCCGGCAUGACCAACGCUGCCAUUGGCUACGAUCGCUUCAAUGUCAUAACAAAGCCCAUGAAUCGCAAUAUGACCUUCACCAAGGCCAUUGUAAUGAACAUCAUCAUUUGGCUUUACUGCACGCCCUGGGUGGUGCUGCCUCUGACGCAGUUCUGGGAUCGCUUUGUGCCCGAGGGCUAUCUAACCUCCUGCACGUUCGACUAUCUGACGGACAACUUCGACACGCGCCUCUUUGUGGGCACCAUCUUCUUCUUCAGCUUUGUCUGCCCCACGCUGAUGAUACUCUACUACUACAGCCAGAUUGUUGGACAUGUGAUUAGCCACGAGAAGGCGCUGCGUGAGCAGGCCAAGAAGAUGAACGUCGAAUCGCUGCGUUCGAAUGUGGACAAGAGCAAGGAGACUGCUGAGAUACGCAUUGCCAAGGCGGCCAUUACCAUAUGCUUUCUAUUCUUUGUCUCCUGGACACCGUACGGCGUAAUGUCGCUGAUUGGUGCCUUUGGUGACAAGAGCUUGUUGACUCCGGGCGCCACCAUGAUACCCGCAUGCACCUGCAAGCUGGUGGCCUGCAUAGAUCCAUUUGUGUAUGCCAUUAGUCAUCCCAGGUACCGCAUGGAGCUGCAGAAACGCUGUCCCUGGCUGGCCAUCAACGAGAAGGCGCCAGAGUCCAGCUCGGCGGCUUCCACAACUACGCAGGAGCAGCAACAAACAACGGCAGCUUAGGCCAGCCCACAAAUUGAUAAAGGAUCUUGCUUAUUUAUUGAAACACGUUGAAGUCUGUAACGAACUGGAACUACCCAUAGCUGUGACUUGGAAUAGAUUCUUCUAAACAAAACGAAUUUGUAAUAUCAAAACUAAUGUCAUUAUAAAAAUGCUCGAGUUCAAUAAAAUAUAUUUG